AGCAAUGCCCUGGCAAACAAGUUGUAUGGAAGUUCUCUCAUCCUCUUUGAUGCUCAGGUUCUUACGUCUUCUUGCUUCUGCCUUUGCUCUCAGUCAGCUUGGAUCUUUAGCCCUGGCAUGCAGACCUCCUGCUAGUUUCUGCAGUAACUUCAUGGAAAUGCUGGAAAGGAACCAAGUCCCUGGAGGAGAAAUUUCGGGAAAUGUACCAGCUAUUUGACAGCUGUGCUAUUGAGGCAGGACCCAUUUGUUUUGUGGAAGUGCAGGUUCUGAGAUGAAAGAGACAACAUCCACCAUUCCAGUGAUGACUUAAGGAACAGAGCCUUUACCUGGCUCUCUGAAGACCCCAGAGAUGUACAUAUUGACACUGGCACUGGUUCUAGUGUACCUACCUUCUGCCUGCUUUCAGCCAGCGACUUUUCCGGACUCUGUCAACUGCUCACAGGGACUAGGCUGCCGAUUCUUGGGACGGGAUGUACUGUGCACCCCUGGGGAAGCGUCACCAGAUCCAAAGCUAUAUCCAGUCCUGGUGCUGACCCAGAAAACCAGGAACAAACUCCGAUGCCGGCAGCAUCAAGACUGUACCCCCUGUGUGCACGUGAUGCUGCAGCUUGGCCUCACGGGGCCACCCGCUCUGGGUACAAGCCAAGAACUGCAUGGUGACACUGAAGAACUCCUGCAAAUGCAUGUAUUUCUCUCAGUCCAGACCCACCAUUCCUCCAACUGUUUAGCAGUGGAAAUUUGGCUCCCCCAUCGUCAUGACUGGCAAACUAGAAACCUGGGCUCCCUCCACUUCGACUGCUUCCCGGUUGCUAUUGGUGGGGAGCUGCAUUUCGCUGCCUUCACCUUGCCCCGCUACACCUCUGCAGAUGUGAUCCGUUUCACACACCACGGGCCAGACUGUACCUGGCACAAAGCUAAAAAUGCAGUUCGCCUUUGCCAAGCUGAACCUCCCUUGCAGGUGGCAUUUGGAAUAAGGUCUCGGAUGCUGAGCACAGUGUUGAGCUGCAUUCUGGUUGGAAGAGACAUUCCAUCAGUGCCCAAUCUGGAGGUCUCUGUGGAUUUGGAGAAGGCUGUGCUGCAUGUGCGGGAUGUCCCUGAAGGACAGCAUUUCAACCUCUGGUUGUAUCUGAACCGGACAGGCAGAUUUGAAGGGUUGGGCAAGGACAACCUCAAGUUACUGACUGGACCAGAGAAUAUGACUAUACCGAUCUCCCAGGUGUUUCCUUGCCUCUGCCUACAGGUCUGGCCCAAUGUUAAAGACCAAGAUCUAUCAUCACGAACUCACCUGUGCCCCUUUGCAAAUGACACUGAAGCUUUGACCAGGGCCUGGGCUAAGAGCCACUUGGAAGUUAAAGCCUUCGAAGAGACAGUGAGCGGCUCUCUCGCUGGACCAUGUGACCUUCCAGGGGAGAUGGUCCCCUGCUGGAGGGGGGAACUGCUUGCCUGCCAUCCCUUGCACCCCCAGCUGCACCUGGCCCUUACUCCACGUGUGCCACAGGAAUUCCCGCGUCUGAGGCCGCACCCCAACCUGUGUGUGCAGGUGAGGAGCAACGGGAUCGCCCAUCUUCAGAGCUGUCUGCAGGGAUAUAUUGCAGGAAGCCACCAAGCAACUGGGCAUCAGUUGCUGCUUCGAGAGACUCUGGAUUUCCAGGGAAACUCCUCUUUUCAUGUUCUGGAGCAGAGCGCCUGGGUCCACAUUGCGCAGGCUGUCAGCACGAGAAAGAGUAUCCUGGUAGAAGCCUUGCAGAAUGACAUACUGUCAGGAGAAUGCAUGCAGUUGUGGCACACAGAAGGCAGCGAAGCCACCGUGCUCUGGGCCUGCUCACUGGAGAAGUACUCCCGAACACACUGGGCCCUGGCCUGGAUGGUCACCGUCCUAGGCACCUGCUGUAUCCUGCUGGCACUGGUGCUCAGGAAGGAAGCUCUGAAAGGUACAAGGCACCCUCCCUCUCCCUACGUGGUCCCACCCUUGGCCCUGCUCUGUUCUCACCUGAUCUGACCAGCAUCUCCACCUCGCUCUUUCCUGUGUCACCUCAGAUGCUACGAUUUGUGCCUUUUCUCCAUUGCACCCUCCUCCAGGUGGGCUCCCCCUGCACAUUUCUCUGGCAGUCAAAGGCCUUGUGGUGAACUCUGGGGAUAGCACCCUCCUAAGACCUGCUGUUAUGCUGCUCCACCCUCUCUAGGUAGCCUGAGCAACCUUGCCCAACCUAGAGCCCUUCAGAUGUGUUUUAAUGUAAUGUAAUGUAAUGUAAUGUAAUGCAAUUUAAUUUAAUUUAAUUUAAUUAUUUAAUUUAAUUAAAACAUAUAUAUGCCGUCCUUUGCAGCACCCAUCAAACUCAGCAUGUGGAGGGCACUGCAGGCUGGGGAAAGCUGAUGCACAGGCUCCAGGUUGCAAGUACAGCCUGAACAGAACAGAGGUGUAUUUUGGUUGCUAACCACUGUGUGGGGCAUGCCUUGUUAGGUAACUGGAUUCAAUUUCCUGUGGGAGCUGCUCAGGCAGUUAGACUCCCAUUUCCUAAAAAUGCUCAUUAAGCUGCUUGUAUCUUUGCACUCAGACUUACUCCAGUUGAACCUGAGAGGUGGAGAGCUCCAGCAGGGCCCGGCAAUGUCCCCGUGAAUAUGGAGAUGGUUGUUCUGGUUCUGCCCACGAGAGUAACUCGGAUCCGACAGCUUGCACCUUCACACUACACCCACAUUGCUCUGCUAAUUUUACAGUCUCUAGUAAUUGCAGUGCUACUGAGUUGAGCAGGAAGAACGCUUAUUCUGUAUUAAGGCAGCUUAUGGCGAUUGGGAUCAUUCUGAAGAUCUGGGGUACUGCUGAAAAGGUCUGAGGCCGAUUACCUGCACAUGUUCUGUUGAAAGAACCAAACCAAACCCUUAACUGAAUAUCAAAAUAAAACCUAAAAUAUCAGAGAGAAAUAUUCCAGCCAAGCCUGCUGCCUGCCUUCCAAAUUUUCUACUUGUCGACAUGUUUAAUAUGGAAAAGCAUUCAGAAGUAGUAUCUUCUGCCUAUAGACAGAAGUCACGUAGUUCAUUCUCUCAACUCAGCACUUUACAAUCACUACAUGUCCACCUCACAGGGUUCCUUGUGUAGGCAGGACCUCUUUUGUUGAUCUCCCCGAGGCUGAGUUGCUGUCCAAGCCUUCUUCUUCUUUUUUUUUUUUUUGCUGUAGUUGUUGCCUUUUCUAUGGCUGAAGAGCCCACUAAUAUUC